ACGUAGCGAUCUUGAGAACCACGCCUGUCGUUAGUGUGCCUUUAUUGUCAAGAGUGUGAAUUUGACACCCCACUGCUUCAAGCUUCAUUCGUUCUCUCUUCACCCUCCACUCUUUCGGCAAAAUGGCGCUUCCCGCCAAACGAUCAGGGUUGCGUAAUGACACAUAGCCCGCCUUGCCCGGUGCGAACGUGUCAGCGAAGUCAUAACAUCGGCCCUUAAAUAUUAAACGGCAUAUCUAGGUCAAUUUAAUGUGUAGCCUAUAAAAUAUGUACAUCAGUCAGUAUUUUGUAAGAAGAGGAACACGCUGUAGGUUUGAACACUUUUUUUUCCCGCUCGGUUUGAAAUGGUUCCGCCCUGUCUCCACGCGACGGCUUCGCUCCUCAGUCCAAUUGCGAGGCACCGCAGCGCUCCCUGCAGCCUGUGUACACUUCGGUGUUUUUUUAUAUAAUAAAGAAUCUGCAGUCUGUGUUUUUUUUUUUUCUUUUUCUUUUCUGGCAAAGACUGAAGUCCGGUCGGCUCCGUAGCAUCGAUGGAAAGGGAAAUGGCAUUGACGCCAAAAAAGGCCCAGAGCAGCAGCAGCAGCCCCUCUCCUGGCCCAGUCUCCCCCAGUUCUAUCGAACUUCCUCACUUUCCCCUGCGCUACGGCACCAUCAUCCCAAACCGAAUCUUUGUGGGCGGAAUUGAUUUCAAUACGCAGGAGAACGACCUGCGGCUCUUCUUCGCUCAGCAUGGAACUGUGAAGGAGGUCAAAAUUGUCACUGACCGUGCUGGGGUGUCAAAGGGGUAUGGCUUUGUGACAUUUACAACUGAGGAGGAUGCUCAGAAAAUACUUAGUCAUGCUGACAGGCUGUACUUCAAGGAUAGGGAGCUCAACAUCAGUCAAGCCAUCCGCAGACAGCAAGUAGGACCACAUAGCGGCUGCAUCUCCGUGUCUAACCCCAUCAAUGUCAUUCCCGCUCAUGGGGGUCCUAUGUAUGUUGGAGCCACGGAUUACUCGUACACUUAUCACAAUGGGGUGGCCUACUUCCAUACGCCUGAAAUUAACCAUUGGCCUACACUGAACACAGCUGGCAGUCCAGUCAUGGUGGCUCACCGGGCAGCGCCAGUUUACCCACAGACUGCCAUUCACCACUUUCAAGCCCCAUCCCCAUGCAUCACAAGGCCGCUGCAGUGGAGCAUACCUCAGUGUCAAGUCCCCAGCAGCUCUCUGCAGCAUAUCCAGCCCCUAGAGCUCAUGUACCAGGCUCAGGAGGUGGCCCCUGAUGGAGGGUGUACACCCUCUCCCAUGCACCUUCUGGAAGCUUCCACUCCUGAGCACUACAUCGAUCAUCUAGUGCAUUCACCCUGUCAUCACAUGUAUGCUCAGAGUCCUGUGGAAAUGGCCCCUCACAUCAUUCAACAGGAAACUGGGCAGGAACAGAGGUUUCGUUCCAUAAGACGUGGGUUUCCCCAUUCUCCUGUCAGCUUGAAGGCGCGCUACAGGCGGGGUCCGCGCCACCUCCAUCACCGCAAGGAGUACUGCGCCGACAUUCCCAGCCUGUCCACAGACACUAAUUCAGAGCCUACGGUGUAGGAAAGGGGGUCCUCUUUGGUCAGCAGCGGUAUGUCUGCCGUGUUCCAGUCUGCAGAAGGCAAAAGAAAGCCUCCUUGAGGUGUCAGUCUGGAAUGAUGUGUGUUUACACAGAAAUCUUUUACUGAAUGCAUUCAGUAUUUUCUUUUUCUCCUUGUUUAUUUUUAUGGACAUUUGUAUGCAUAUGGUCUUGACAUCUUUUACUUAAACAUACAUUGUGUUAUAGAACAUAAUGUGGAAGCAUUUUUUUUUCUAAUUCAGUAUGUGAAUGGUAUGACAAGAUGAUCAUACGGAGAUUUAUAAAAGAUAUAAAAUCGAAGCAGCUACUGUCUGUACUUUUGAAGUGUGUGUGUGUGUGUGUGUGUGUG